AUGCAGUUGUCGCAGCAUCUCGACCGUGCCGCGGCGCGGCCUGAGAGGCCUCCGCCGUUGCCGGCCCGCUCCGUGCUCGUUCCCAGAUCGACGUCAUUGUCUUCGGGAGCCACCGCUGGGGCUGUGAUCGGCUCCGUCGUCGGCGCCCUCUUGCUGGCAUUGUGCCUCUUCCCCUUCAUUGUCCGUGCAAGGCGCCGAUGGCUCACGCGCCAUGAUGACGGUGCCGGCCUGGCCGAGAUGGGGCAGAGCCCCGGAGGCCCCAUCGCCGAUGACGUCGGCCACGACCAUGAUGGCCGGUCGUCGUCGUCUAAGAGAUACUCAAAGGAGCGCAUCUCCCCCAGUCCUGACUCGGCCCUCGACACCAGCCCCGGCACAACAGUCACUACUACCCCCGACCACCAACAGUCGUCGGCGACCACAUCUGUCACAGCAACAAGUGGUCAAGAAGGUCAGCAACGCUCCGCCUCACCAGACCAGAAGCUCGGAGCUGCUUCUCAGGGCUUACCAUCACCUAUAUCACCUGUUUCUCCCGAGUCUCCAACACCAACCGACGGUCAGGCACCUUUGCCUCAAGGAACGUCGGUACCUCAUCCUCUCACAGCCACUCCAUCUCGAACGCUUUCCAAGGGUACCGUCGGCCAGCUUAGUCGUAGCGACUCAUACGCCCCUCAGCAAAUAACCUCAACAGGCAUCACAGAAGAGCCUGAAUCUAUUGACGAGUCCUCUGCUACGCCUGCUCAGGGGCGCUUUCCUCACCUCAGAGAUUCAUUUCGCAAUCUCAUCAGCGGCCGUCAGUCCACGCGGAAGGGUACAAAAUCCUCACGGAAGGAGAGCAAGCGGAGUUCUCCGACCGUCACCAGCGCCCACACAACACGGUCGCCCUCUGUCCUCACUGUUGACUUAUUCCCGGCUUCAGACCAAUCCGCAGUCCCAGCGGCAUCUGAUCCUUUGCUCACGUACGACCCGAAUCUGAAGGGUCUGAACUGGAGCUACUACAACGAAGCGCAGGCACUGGAUGCUGAGAUUGCCGAAAUCCUCGGUCACUCACUAGAUUCGACUCAACCCGCCCCGGCCUUUGCGCCUCAGACUAGCAUCCCGACGUCGGUCCCCCUUGGUCCCAACGCUGGGCUCGACACUUCACUCGAGAGCUCUUCUAUGAACUUGGGCCUUACGGCCGAACCUGACUCUUUUCUGUCCGAUAGCGGUAACCAGGCAGUGACAACUGCUCCUCCCACGUUCGGCGGACAACAGGCUUUCAACCUCAGCACUACGAGCUCCUCCGCUCCGCAGCGUUCCGAUACACUUUCGGAGCCCCCCCUGUUCCUGGCGGAUCUUGCCGCUCCCCCCUCUCUUCAGUACGCCAACAACGGUCCGAGUGGCAAUCCCAUGGAUCUAAUGUUACCAACAAAUUCGACAGAGAACGCCUGGCGCCUGGAGCAUGAGAUCAACAAGAUGAUCCAGAACUCUCCCCAGAUGCCUCUUGACACCCUCUCACCGCUAUCGAGCACUCUUGACAACGCCCAGUGUGGCGUCUCUGUCACCGGUCCCAAGCCAGAUCUCCAGGUUCCGUUUCAAACACCAUACCAGACCCCCUCACCAUACCAGUCACCACUUCCUGGAAUGAUGGAUCGUGGCAGUGAUGCUGGUGCCGGUAUGCAAACUCACGACGCAACAACAGGCUUCUGCCAACCGGCACUGACGGCGGUGGUCAACGAUUACACAACCCCUCCUCCUUCAAAUGUCAAUUCCCUGCAGAACACCCCUGACACACAACCACUACCAUAUCCUGGAUCCCCAUCUUCACAGGGUGACUUGGACAUGCCAGUCAGCAAUGCCCAACCGUUCGGCGUGACACAAGCUGGGUUUAUGCCUGCUCCAUCACAAGGGCUCCCUCCUGACCCUUCAUCAAACCCCUCAUCAGCCCUUUCACCAUCACCAGCGCCAGCAAUCACCAUAUCCCCAGGGAGUGCAGCAAGUUUGUCUCCUAAUCCAUCGGCCAGGCCAUCACCAGCACCAUCUCUAGGGCGGUCUGCCAACCGGCCAGAGGAUGGCUAUAUCUGCAAGUAUUGUGGUACUGUCAAGAGUACCAUGUAUGAGUUCAACCAUCAUCUGAGGUACCACAAGCGGCCCUUCCCUUGCGAGUACCCCGGCUGCGACCGCAGCUUCGGCACUAUCACGCAUCUCAAGCGGCACAUCAACGACCGGCACUGCAAGACGCGCCGUUACUUCUGCACCGUGCCGGACUGCCCUUACUCACGCCAGGGUGGCAAGUCGUUCCCGCGCAAGGAUAACUGGCGCCGGCACAUGAAGAAUAAGCAUCAGAUCGAUCCGGACACCGGGCCGGAUGCUGAUUUCAGCGAGGACGGCGCCAUGGAUACCACGGCGACAUGA